AUGACAGAACAAGGAGAAUCCUCCAAAUACGUAAUUGUGUCGACACGAGCUGAUCUCCUCAUCACACAGGAAAUUGCAUGCCUGAUUUCAAGUGAAAAGCCAUCAAGUCAAAUCUUUAUUGCUUGUCCAUCGCCAUGUAUCGAUGAAGCACAACUUUGGGUGAACGAAAUUAAGAAUGGAUCUGGUGACGAUGAUUCGCCGAAUGCAAGAAGCAUACAAGUGGUGCCAUUUGAUCCACAUGGUGAUAGAACUGCAUGCCGUCGUGCUUCAGACGAGCUGAUCAAGGCCCUCGGAGAUGGCGUCGUGAAUGCGUUAGUGAUGAAUUGGCAAGGUUGCCUCCCUGGGAGGUUUGGAGUUGUGCUGGAGGAAAGCGGGAUGUUGGAAAUGGCUCAGAUCAAAAUAUUGUCACAAAUGUAUCUCAUCGAAGCUCUGAUCGAAAAGAAGAUGCUUUUCGACUCUUCAAGGGUGAUUGUUUCGGGAUCUGAGGCUGCGAGAGGCAUCCCACCAAUGUUUUCGGCGCCCAUUUUAGGUGAAUCCUUAGAUUCUUAUGUAUCGAUGUUGAAUGGGACAGGACUGGAUCUAAAUAAUGGUCACAGCAUCUACUCGCAUCUCCAAGGUAUUUUAUCGCUCUACAUAGCUUCCCUGGCUCGAAAACAUUCAAUAAUACACUUUUGGCUGCUAUCGCCAGGAUUCACGCAGGAUUCGUUAAACAAGCACAUUCAGAUCGAAGAGAACCCUCAACAGUUCAAGUUCGAAGACUUGGUGCAGUAUGGAAUUGCCCAAGACUACAAGGUUGCAGCUACACACUUCUUUCGAGCCAUGAUUGGAUCUCCCGAAUGGAACUAUCCGAGUGGGAUAUUGGUUGCAGCCGCCAAGGGUACUAGGGGGGAUCUCUGUGAUCAGGCAACAUUGGACGAUGGCAAAUAUUUGAGUGAUUAUAAAAAACAAGACUUGGCGUUUGAGGCUAUCCACAGUUUUGCGUAA